AUAGAAUCACUCAUUUUCACUCUACGAUAACCUGAUGGAAAUGGGAGACCAGAACGGCCUGCCCGAACUCCGGCGGUCGCUAUCUACGACAACCCAUUCACCGGCGACCCUGCCUCAACCUUCUGUACCAUUCUUAGCUCAUAUAAACAUGGCUCCAUUAACUCCAUACCAUCAUGAACCCUUCAUGUUGAACUCCGGGAUGGCAAUGCCCAGCGGUUUGCUUAGGUUCGGCCAUGAUCAUUUAUCGAGUGGUUCAGCUUCUGGUCCUUGUGCAACACUAUACGGAGUUGAAAUGGGAAAUACGAAUAUCAAUGGUGGAAACAGCCGAUGGCCGAGGCAAGAGACUCUCACUCUGCUUGAGAUCAGAAUCAGACUCGAUUCCAAGUUCAAGGAGGCCAAUCAAAAAGGACCAUUGUGGGAUGAAGUAUCUAGAAUAAUGGCGGAGGAAUAUGGGUACCAGAGAAGUGGGAAGAAAUGUAGAGAGAAAUUCGAGAACCUCUACAAAUACUACAAGAAAACCAAGCAACGUAAAGCUGGGAGACAAGAUGGCAAAAAUUACAGAUUCUUCCGACAACUCGAACUCCUUUACGGUGAAACAAGAAAUCAAAGUUCAGCCAACUUUUCCCAAAGGACUCAUCUUUGUCAGUUUUCAAACAACACAAUGAACCAAGGGAAUUGUCAGCAAUAUUGUUCCUUGCAGGAAGAGAAACCAAGCGGCAGCCUUAGUUUCUCCGAUGCAUCUGAAAUCGAGACUUCAUCGUCGUCCGAAAACAAUGGCCACGAUGGCGAUGUUUCAGCCAUUGAUAAGAAGGGAUGGAAAACGAAGGUGAAGGAGCUGGUGGAGUCACAGAUGAAAAAGUUGAUGGACUCACAAGAUUUUUUGCUGGAGAGAAUGUUGAAGGCCAUUGAAGAUAAAGAGCAAGAGAGGAUAUCCAAAGAGGAAGAAUGGAGGAGAGAAGAGGCUGCUUUGUUUGAUAAGGAACACAAAUUCUGGGUCAAGGAGAGAGGUUGGGUUGAAGCUCGUGAUGCUGCUUUCAUGGAAGUUCUUGAGAAGUUUACAGGGAAAGGACUACAAGUGGAACCAAGAUUUCAGGAAAAUACUGCACCUUGGUAUUACAAUCCCAUGGGAAGAAAUUGAA